GUUCUCUGUUCGCAUGAAGUUUCCCCGGCCUUCGCACCUUUAACUCCCAUACACAUAAAUAAUGGCCCUGAGAGUUUAUCAGCCAGGAAAGCAUUGUAAACUAAGAAGUCGGUCGACUUCACCCGCUCCCAGUCCAUAAACGUACGUCAGAGCAAGAGUUUGUCUUCUUGUCACUCCCUUCUCCCCUCGCCAUGGAAGUAUUUGGCUUGCUUAAGCUGAGAAGGAGCGGAGACGACCCAAUAGCCCCCACCACCAACGCUCCCACCUUCACCCACUGCUUCCCUGCCGACAAAAACUAUGGUGCCGGCGGAGGUAUCGACGACGAAGGCCCCUUUUUUGAUCUUGAGUUCUCUGUCCCUGUAGAGCUUAAGAUGAACACUUCUUCUUUCAUGGGUCACAGGCCCUCUUCCUCUUCUUCUUCCGCUUCUUUAGCAGAAGAGAUUCUUUUCAACGGGCGCUCGUUCGCUCUCGAGUUCUCUUCCUCUCCUUCCUCCCUGUUGUUCUCCCCUGCAGUUUCUGAGCCGAACUCCAAGCUCCAUUUCCCUGCUUCUGUUAUCAAGCCUGCAACAAAGCUCCGAGUCUUCAUGUUUCGUUCUAGCUCCAACAGCAGCCGCUCUAAUUCUGCAUCCACCUCUAUAAAAUUCAUGAAAGAGGAGAAAAAGCUAAUUUACAAGGAUGUUAUCUUUCGUUACAUCAGCAAGAUCAAACCUUUGUAUGUAAAGGUCCUAAAGCUGCGAUUUUUAAGGCCACCGGCCGGCUCGAACAAGGAUGGGUCUGCUGCCCAAGCUGCAGGUGCGAAUAAACAGAACAAGGGGAAGCCAUCGCUUACAACAAAUAACCUUCCAUACAGGCUUAAGGUGGUUCCCGGUCGUCUAAGAAAGAGCCGGUCGGCUUCUUCAGCCGUGGCAUACGUCUGCUCGCCGCCGAUGGUGACGCCUAGACACGAUGACUCGCAUCUGCAACAGGAAGAUGGAAUCCAGAGCGCUAUCGCCCACUGCAAGAAAUCUUUUCAUUCAGAAAAAGGAUUUUGGGCUUCAGAAUCGCCGCUGCUUCGGUCGAUGAGCGAUCCCGGCGAAGACAGAUCCAUUAGAGGCAAAGCCAUCCUCGUAGACAAUUCUGCCACCUCUUAGUUCAUUAGGCAGAUUUUUUUUUUUUUUUUGGUUUGAAAAAAGGUUGCUUGAUGUGAGAACAAUUGAAGGAGCGAUUGUCUCUUUCAUUUUCUGCUAUUUAAUCUUACCAACUCUUUAGUGACUGUAAGUAAGUCUCUACAUCGAACCUAUUAUUAUUAAUUAUUCGUUUUAAGAGCUUUUUAAGCAUUCUUUGUAUAAAAGUUAUGUCAAAAUCAACGUGCGCCCAACUU